CGUCACUUUCAAGCUGUGAUGUCCCCUGCUUAUUAGCCCCAUUUCCCCAGGGUUGAUUAUUCUCGCAUCCUAUUGUAUCCUCGCUCCUAUAUAUCUUCCACCUAAUCCGCCGUCCCCUCGUGGUUCGAGGUGGCGUGCUCUCGUUAAUCUACCGUCGCCGCAUCCCAACCCCCGUGGUUUGGCCCGCACCACGAUCCGGUGGGUUGCGGUCUUCUUGCAAUGAGCUUGACUUCGCGUGUCUUGGGCUUCUUUGCGACGACAGAGACACCUUCGUCAGACUCUCCCGCGUCGAAAUCCCUUUCUCAAAAUGGCCCGACCGAUCUCCGUCAGACGACGCGGAUAAGCGCAAACAAGGAACAUCAUGUACAGAAUGCACAGUCUCACCAUGACGAGGAAGAGGAGCCUCGUCCACCGUACCUACACGCAAUGUUCGCUGGAGGUAUUGGUGGCACCUGCGGUGACAUGCUCAUGCACUCGUUAGACACCGUCAAGACGCGGCAACAAGGCGAUCCGCAUUUUCCUCCCAAGUACACCUCCAUGACUUCGUCCUAUGCGACCAUCUACCGACAAGAAGGCCUUUUCCGCGGUCUGUAUGGCGGAGUGACUCCUGCGCUUCUCGGCUCCUUCCCCGGUACCGUUAUCUUCUUUGGCACCUACGAAUACACCAAACGUCUCAUGCUCGAUGCGGGAAUCAAUGCGAAUGUGGCGUAUCUUUCUGGAGGUAAGUGUUUUUUGUGCGGCUUUGUCAUCUGCGGUCGCAUUUCGGUGCUAAUCGGAAAUGGGCUUAUAGGCUUCUUCGCGGACUUGGCCGCCUCUAUUGUUUAUGUUCCUUCGGAAGUCUUGAAGACUCGGUUGCAGCUCCAAGGACGCUACAACAACCCCCAUUUCAACUCGGGAUAUAAUUACCGCUCGACCCGGGAUGCGCUGCGCACCAUCAUUCGCCAGGAAGGAUUUUCCGCGCUUUACUACGGAUACCGGGCGACGAUCUACCGCGAUCUUCCCUUUUCCGCCCUCCAGUUCGCCUUUUACGAGCAAGAGCAACGGAUGGCCAAAGAAUGGGUGGGCUCUCGAGAUAUUGGGCUGAGCCUGGAGAUCCUGACGGCUGUCACUGCGGGUGGGAUGGCGGGUGUGUUGACAUGCCCGAUGGACGUGGUCAAGACACGUAUCCAGACCCAGCAGAACCCCGAGCCCACGCCUUCGAGUCGCCCUUCGGGCUCCUCGUCGCACUCGGCGGCGGAGCACGCGUCGACCAAAGAGGGACCGCGCCACCACGCGGCUUCGCAGACGACGUCGAGCCUGCGCACGCAUGCGCGCCCAAUCUCCACCUCGGGAGCUUCCACGUCGGUGAACCCGCCUGGCGCUCCGCGCUUGGAUACGUCAUCGUUCUUCACUGGCUUGAAGAUGAUCUACCAAACGGAAGGGCUGGCAGGCUGGUUCCGUGGUGUUGGACCCCGUGGUGUGUGGACCAGCAUUCAGAGUGGAACGAUGUUGGUGAUGUAUCAAUAUCUCCUGAAAAAGUUCGAGGACUGGGAGAACAAAGGGGAGCUCAACCCCCUCUAGCUGCAGGAUGAGGAUUGUUGGGGUUGGACAUGUUGAUGAUGUCCAUUGUAGAUAGCAGGAUGGAAGGAAAACCGGAGCAUAUUGAUGCAACCUAGACGGGUUCUAUUGGGAGGGCGUUCCGGCAGUCGGAGGGGUGUGGCAUGACCGAUUUUUUUUUUCUUUUUCUUUUUCUUUUUUUCUCUUUUUCUUAUGUGUUCUUUUAUCACCCCUUUUCUUAUCCUGUUGUUUUA